AUGGAUAAAUCUUGGAUUGUUAAGCCUCGGAAUACAAUUGAAUACUCAAUUGGUUUAAAAAAAUUCUUAGAUUUUGCUAUUGAAAAUGGGGCUAUUGGAGAUACAAUUAAAUGCCCAUGUCCCAAAUGUGGGUUUAUGAAAUGGCAAACUAGAGGCGUAGUUGAGGAGCACUUGAUUUUAAAAGCAUUUCGUAAAAAUUAUGUUAUAUGGAAUCUUCAUGGUGAAAAACAAAUAGAAGAUAUUUCUAGUAAUGAAGAUGAUAUACAAGAGGCAUUUCAUUAUGAAAAUCCAAUGGAAACAAUGAUCAAUGAAACAUUUGGGCACUAUAGGCAAGAAGGUAUUAAUCUAGGCAAAACACAACCAUUGGGUGUAGAUGAUGUUUUGAAUGAAAGGCCAAAGGAGGAUCAUAAUGAGUUUAUUGAUUUUCUCAAUGAUGGAAAUCAAACAUUGUGUGACGGGAGCAAGUACACAAAAUUAGAGUUUGUAAUCAAAUUAUAUCACAUCAAGGUUUUGUGUGGAUUAAGUGACAAGGCAAUGACUAUGAUCCUAGAUUUGUUAAAAGAUGCAUUUAAUGAAGCCAACUUGCCUCUUUCUUUUUAUGAGGCUAAGAAAACCAUCAACAAACUUGGUCUUAACUAUACCAAAAUAGAUGCAUGUCCGAAUGAUUGUAUGUUAUAUUUAAGAGAUGAUGAAAAAGAUUUGCAAACAUUCAAACAUUGCAGUACAUCUAGAUGGAACCCAAAGAAGAAAAAAAAACAACCUGCAAAAGUUUUGCGUUACUUUCCAUUGAAACCAAGAUUGCAAAGAUUGUUUAUGUGUUCUAAGACUGCAGAGCAUAUGAGAUGGCAUUCUUUAGAGAACAAAGAUGGGUUCAUAAGGCAUCCAAGGGACGGUGAGGCAUGGAAAACAUUUAGUUUAUUGCAUCCUGAGUUUGCUUCUGAUCCUCAAAAUGUUCGUUUAGGCCUUGCUAGUGAUGGUUUUAAUCCUUUUGGCAAGCAAAUGCCAGUAAAUAAUAUUGAUGUGUACUUACAACCCCUUGUGGAUGAGUUACGUGAGCUAUGGAAUGAUGGUGUGGAGACCUUUGAUUCUUCAUUGAAUGAAACUUUUAGGAUGCGAGUAGCUCUUAUGUGGAUAAUUAGUGACUUUCCUGGCCUAGGCAUUUUAUCUGGUUGGAACACACACACAGGUUUAGCUUGCCCUACUUGUAACUUUGAUGCAAUACCUUGUCGUCUUCCUUAUAGUAAGAAGUGGUGUUUUAUGGGGCAUCGUCGCUUUUUGAGUAGAAACCAUAGAUUCAGAUUAAAUCGUGUUCGCUUUGAUGGAAGCACUGAAACAAGGAAUCCACCACUAAAAUUAUCAGGAUCUGACAUUUUUAGGCAAGUUGAAAAUAUUAAUGUUACAUUUGGGAGAGGAGUAAUUUUGGAUGGUAGAGGAAAAAGAUCUAGAGAAGAAGUUAAACAAUGGAAAAUAGAAGCAUUUUCUUUGAACUUCCGUAUUGGGAGUCUAAUUUGUUACGCCAUAAUUUAG